ACGAUCUCUAUUGGUCUUCCUGAAGAAGGACAGAUGUGAGGAAAACGACAUGUCUAGCAGGGAUAUUCAUACCAAGUAACCAUGGCUACCGACGAAGGCUCAAAUUAUACUCUUCUUAUGAACUCUGAUCUUGCAUCUGAAGAAUGGGAGCUGUAUGAAGCAUGUGGACUAUCAGAAACAACGGAACUUCCUAUUGAGUCCCGUGCUGUCAUUGAGGAUCCCUUGGACUGCAUCCCGUCAAUAACUAACCCCAAUUCUGAAACUCAGGUCGUAGAUGCAAUAGGGCUUGACCAUGUCUAUCAAAGAAACAGCAGCGAUGCCGCCCCAACCGUGACGGAAUGUCAACCAGGUUUGGAAAGUCCUACAUGUAUUUCCUUACCAGAACUGCCGAAACUAAGUAAUCCAAAACCUGCUCUAGAUGACCCUAUCAACAGACCUGUGGGCAGUAUGUCCUCAACAAAGUCCUUGAGCUUCUUGCUCGAUCACACAUAUUCAGCACAACCUUCAAAGAAACCACCUUCAAAGCAACAACCUUCAAAGAAACUUCCCAUGUGCGAGUUGUGUAGGCCUAGGACUUUUUUUUCAAAUCGCCUUGUACUUACGGAACAUUACAAAUGGCAUCUUUUUGAAGAUGCCAAUGUUGGUGUCCAAAAGCCAUCUAUCCAGUGCCUACUAGAGCAAACUACAGGGGGCAUCAAGCAGACUAGCGAGGUUGAUUCUCAGCUACAUAUCAUGGCGAAUGCUCCUAAAGAAACCAGCAUUAGUCCUCAAGUGAGGCCAUCUACCCUGUGCCUGCAGAAGGUACGGAAAGCUGCUCAAGACACAAAUGGAAUCUUGCAGAGUAGCAAGAAAAACGUUUUUGAUCAGUUGCAGCAGACCCAAUCUACAGAGAACAUCAAGCAGAUUAGCGAGAAGACUGAUUCUCAGCUUCAUACCACGGCAAAUGUAUUUGAUGAAACCACAUGCCUACUAAAGCAACCAACAGAGAGCAUUGGGAAGACUACAGAGGGUACUUCUCAGUCACUUCUUUUAUGUGAUCUGUUAGGGGCGGAUAAACAGCAUCCCGUUACACGCGUUUAUCACACUUCUAUAAACAAGACAGCUCUUAGAGAUGACCACAAAACUAACAUACUUGGAAAUAUUUUCCGUUGCAUUUGGUGCAAGAAAUUUUUCAGCCAGUUUGAGAGCUUUAAACAGCACAAGUGCAAGAAGAAAUCUGGCAAGGCCAACCCUUGUGCACUGAUAAAUACAUAUUUGUGUGAGUAUUGUGGAGUUUCUUUUGCACGGCAUGGCAACUUCAUGAAGCACAUAGUCCUGCACAAACAGACACAAUCUAUAGUGAACAUUAAGCAGACUAGCAAGAACACUGAUUCUCGGCCACAUGCCAUUGAGAGUGUGCUUCAAGAACCCGAUGUUAGUCCUCCAGUGAAGCCAUCUAUCCUGUGCCUGCAGAAGGUAAGGAGAGCUGCUCAGAAGCAAUCCGCCCUGUCUCUACUGAAGCGGUCAAAAGAGAUCAUUAAGUGGACUAGCAAGAACACUAAUUCUCGACCACAUGCCAUAGAGAGUGUGCUUCAAGAACCCAAUGUUAGUCCUCCAGUGAAGCCAUCUAUCCUGUGCCUGCAGAAGGUAAGGAGAGCUGCUCAAGACACAGAUGGAAUCUUGCAGAGUAGCCAGAAAAACUUUUUUGAUCAGUUGCAGCAGUCCCAAUCUAUAGUGAACAUCAAGCAGACUAUCCAGAACACUAAUUCUCGAUCACCUGCCAUAGAGGGUGUGCUUCAAGAACCCGAUGUUAGUCCUCAGAAGCAAUCCGUCCUGUCUCUACUAAAGCAGUCAAAAGAGAUCGUUAAGCAGACUGGCGUGAAGGGGGAUUCUCAGGGGCAUCAGCAGCAACGCUUGUUUACUCUGUCUGGACCUGAUUACGUUCCUGAAGACAAGAUGGCUCUUAAAAAUAAUAACACAUCUUGUACGAUUGGAAAGCAUCCUCAAUGCUCAUGGUGCAAGAAGUAUUUUGCCCGCCAAGUUUGGUUUGAACAGCACAUGUGCAAGAUGAAUUCUUUCUGGGGCAACUCCAAUUCAAGGACACAUAUUAAACAUUUGUGUGAAAAUUGUGGUUAUUUUGUUAAACUUCCUGACAACUACACCAAGCACUCGGCCCUGCAUAGGUGUAAGGAACUCGACGGAUGUAGCCCUGUACUGGAUUCCGCUGCCACAUCUGAUGCUAAUCCUAAGACCAGUAAUUCAAGCAACAGAAUAACACCCUUUCGGUGUUUAACAUGCAGUAAAGCUUUUGCAUUUGAGAGUCAGCUCCUGCAGCACGAAAAGUUGCACCGUCGUCGUAGAUAUUUGUGUGAAUAUUGUGGGUUAUUUAUUAAACUUUCUAACAACUACACCAAGCAAUUGGCCCUGCAUAGGUGUAUGAAACUCGGCAGAUGUAGCCCUGUACUGGAUUCCGCAGCCACAUCUGAUGCUAUACCUGAGACCAGUAAUUCCUAUAACAGAACAACACCCUUUCAGUGUUCAACAUGCAGUAAAGCUUUUGCAUUUGGGAGUCAACUCCUGAGGCACCAAAAUUUGCACCGUCUUGAAAGUCGACGUCCUGUUCCAAAGCGAGAACGGUCAGAUUCGGAGAGCGGUGAUGAGAGCUUUGGAAAUACAGUGAAGAAGGUACAGAGUGGAAAGGAAGGCAGCAGAGGAGAGGAAAGAUUUGGAUGGAAGUUCAGGAUAAAAGAACCUGAUGUUGAAACAGGCAGUGGGACUAGGAAAAGAGGAGCUGGUGGGAAAGGAAAUCUGCAAGAGGGUCCCAAAUCAGCACCUAGGUGGGGCGGGAAGGCUCGUACAAAGGGAAAGGUCAAGCACUUUUUUUGUAGAGCUUGUGAUAAAGGGUUCUAUCAUCCGUGGCAGCUGAGGAAACAUAAGGCUUUACAUACAGAGUUAAGCUGUAAUAAGUGCAAUGGGUUGGUGUUCUCAUCGAGUUCGGAAUUAAAUAAUCAUUUGUUUAUCGGUUUACAUAAUGAGCAGGUACAGUCUGCAAGACAUGAGAAGCGUGGUUCCGAGGCAUCAGCACCUCAAGGGGACACUGAACCUUCAACACCUAAAGAACUGGAGUCUGUACAAAGUGGACAUCCUAAAGGAAGAAUGAUUUCCUCAGUGGCCACUGGGCUGAAGUCUGUCCAGAGUGGAAAAUCUAGAACAAGCUCAAUGUCCAAAAAAGUUGACCUUGCCUCAAGUGGACAAUCGAAAGGAAGAACAAAGACACUGCCGGACAAAAAAUUGAAGUCUGUUCAAAGUCGGCAUCGUAAUGGAAGCAACAAGUCCUCUAAAGACAAGAAAAUUAAGUCUGUACAACAUGGACAUUCAACAACAACAAAAGAAUUCUCCUCAAGGACCAAAUAUUCAGAGUGCUCACAAAGUGGGCAACCAGUUGUAAGUGCUGCAGAACCUUUGGUUAGCGCAGUAGGAACAAAACCUAUUCAUUGUGAUCAAUGUGGUAAAGAAUUCUUGCAACUCUGCAAACUGAAUUUUCACAAGUUGAAAUGUAGGGAGUUCAACUGCGACAAGUGCGAGGGCUUGACCUUUUCAUCCAAUGCAGAAUUGAAGAGCCAUAUGCUUGGACACACGAACAAAUUCAAAUGUCCCAAGUGUGGUGCCCAGUUUGCCUCUCAGAAGCUUUUGACAAAUCACACUGCAAGACAUUCUGAUCUGGUCCCAAACAUAUGUGAUGUAUGCGAGCUUGCCUUUAACUCCUUGAAAGCCUUAAAGAUGCACAAAAUUAUGUACCAUUUUUGACAACUUCGAGAUGAAAGUGCAACUUGAAAGACAGAAAAGUGCAAAGAAUUCCAAAGGAAAGAGAUAGCAUGUAAACAAUUAGAAAUAAAGAAGAAAGAGCAAUAGAAAGAGAUCUUUUAAGAGGUAACAACCAAGAUGUCCGUCUAACUCACAAAGUGGCACCCACAACCUCUUUCUGUGUUUAAGGUUGGAGGUAAUGGUUUUACAGGGCGUCUCAGAGAAAAAAAGGUUUCAAAGUUUACAGGUUUAGAAAAGUCUCCCCACAUAAUUAUGGAUAGUUAUGGUCCCUUCUGUCAAAUGACAUCAAUAGUAAAGAGAGCCUAAUCUAUCCAGAGCUUUUGAUAAUUUCCUGAAAAGGUUUUGAAAUGUAUGUUAUGAUAUACUUGUUCCAUUUGUAAACUUUGCUGAGACACACUGUAUAAACAUUUGGGACCUCUCUAAGUUUGUUCAGUGAAAGAAUGUAUUUCUUGGUAACGCGGACGUGUUAUUGGAUUCUUUCCAGACGAGGGAAUUAAAGAAAUCAUACACUUUUAAAAACUCAAAAUAUUUUUAGGUCUGACUAUGAUUAAAGAUAAUUUAUAUCUUGCACAUGUACGACACUUUCUCCUGCCUCAAUUGCUCCACAGUAAUUUCCUACAUACUAAGUUAAUUCCUAACUUCAACUUUUGACCCAAUACCCUAACCCUAUACCCUUAACCAAACCUGAAACCCAAAUUCUACCCUAACACUAAUCUACUUCUUUUGACAAUCCAUAGCUCGGAUCUGUUUUUUCAAGAGCAAAUGUUGGAACACCUAUCGAUAAACCUUCAUCCACAUAAUAUAUCUACUGAUGAAUGACAUGGGCACUGUUUCAUUAAAAAACUUGGUAUCAGCAACAAGUUGCAAUAAUUGCGAUGAGGUACUGAAAUCAUUGCAUUCCAUUGGCUGUGAGCAAUUAAUUAGAGAAAGGCAAUAGAUAACACUGAUAGGAAGUUUAAUGAAACGGUGCCCUAGUACUUUAUUGAUUUAUGUAUUUAAAAAGGUCUAUCCUUGGGCUAAUGCAUUUUGACCCAAAAAAUUAUGGAGAGAUUUGACAGUUUUUUCAUAAUAUGAAGAUGAUCGCUAUCUAACAAAAAUAAAUUUGCAACUUUGUCACAAAUUAUUGAUGUCAAUUCCUCACUUCUUUCCAAAAGUUCUGUAUAAAUGUUGGUACUUCACAGAUUCACAGUGAGUUCUUCCCCAGCAAAUCUUAAAGUAAAAUACAUGUACAUUAUCUACUGGAAUGUAUAUGCAUGUACUAUUGAGCAAAUUAAUAAACCUUAUACAAAUCAA